AUGAGCGCUAAUGCAAUGCUUGUCUCGUCGUCGAAUGUCACUGUCGCAACGAAACAUUGUGGACAGAAAAUUCGAGAAUGUCGUAGCAUUUCACUCGCGGUUGGCAUUCUCGCAGUUGUGUUGCUCAUUUCAAACAUUCUUACCGUUAUAUACGUGAAUCGACGAUUUCUUCUUCGUCAAAUUCGAAGAUCACUCGGUAUUAUCCAUGAUGAUGAUGAUGAUGAUGAUAUGCGACGUAAUAUCAUAACUUCAGACUAA